AUUUUAAUGCGCAUGCGUCAUUACGGAAGCAGCAGAAAACGUGAGGUUGAGCUUUGUCCUCAUAACGCCACUAGUGUUUAGUCGGCGUUUGAUACAUUUUGAGGCUGCCAGAGUCUAAUUAUCAGCUGUUUGUUGAGGUCUUGAUCGCCGCUGUUGAAAGGCCACUAGAUGGAACUAUUGUGAUGUAACAUUGCUGUUUUCCUUCAUCUGUUGGUGUACAGAGUAUCCAGAUAUAAAAACAGAUGAAACAUUGGCCAGUUGUUAUUUGCCAGAUUCUGGGCCAGUGUACAUCCCUGAUCACUUUUGAUGUGGCCUGAAGCUGCUCAUUAGAUUUGAAAAGAAAAGUAAUUUAAAAAAAAAACAGCGAGGAUGAGUCGUUUGACACAUCACCAAAUUGAUGGCACGAUGCCUGUGAGGGAUAUGGGAUCUUUUGUGUCUGCUCCAGGCCCUAGUGAUGCUGAUAUACAAGAUCAUCGUAAACAAGAAACGGUGUAUAUUGGCCUUCAUCUUCCUCGCCAGCAGAGACAUCGCCGGCAUCGUCAUCACCGCCAUAAAAAAUCGAAGGAUGAUAAUCGUGGUUUGAAAGAUGACUUGCCACUAGGUGUGGAGGGGUCUGAUGCCAACCUACAAGCUCCCACACAGAACAAGACUGGGAAUUCACAAGGACUGUCAUUAAAGGCUGUCCCUCCAUCUCAGCGUGUGCAGUUCUUGCUGGGUGAGGAAGAAGAUGAAGAGCAUAGGACACAUGAUCUCUUCUGUGAAAUGGCAGAGCUUUUUCCUAGUGCAGAAGACCCAAAUAUCAAGGAGUGGAAGGAAACUGCUAGAUGGAUCAAGUUUGAGGAAGAUGUUGAAGAGGGAGGUGAGCGUUGGUCCAAGCCUCAUGUAGCCACGCUGUCUCUCCACUCACUGUUUGAGCUGCGAUGUUCUCUAUUGCAAGGCACUGUCAUGUUGGAUGUGGAUGCUGUGACUCUGGAUCAAGUCAUAGGUCUUGUUCUUGACAGCAUGAUCGCUGCUAAUCAGUUAGAGAACUCCCUGCGUGACAAUGUUUGGGAAAUCCUUAUGAUGAAGCAUCGACACCAGAAUGAGAAGCGUGUACGUCAUAAGGACGAAGGAGGGAGUCGUAUUCACUUGCCUUUUGUGCGCUCCUUGGCAGAUAUUGGCAAGAAAUAUUCAGAACCCAAGUCUCUGGUGGCACAAGGGGAAGAUAAAAUGGGGGCCAAGAGCACCCCCAACAUGGCAGGUCUCACACGAACUGGCAGUGGUUGUGCAACCGAUGGAAACACACUUGCACCAAGUGCAUCAUUUGCAAACACUGGCAAUGCCCUUUCUGAAGGAAUGACAGAGUCAUCAUCUCAUAGGAUGCAGCUAUACGACCUGCCUGAGGAGUGUCGUCCCCCUUCCUGUCAAUUUGACGUCAUGCUAGCUCGCACAGCCAGUGAAAAAAGAAAUAUGUUGAACUUGCAUUUCAUGAAGAAGAUUCCACCUGGUGCAGAAGCUUCCAACAUUUUGGUUGGCGAAGUGGACUUUCUGACUUAUCAGAUUGUUGCAUUUGUCCGACUUUCCAAGUCCACCAUUUUGGGUGAUCUAACUGAAGUACCUGUCCCAACACGAUUUGUCUUCAUCCUUCUUGGCCCUGUUGGCAACCAGAAUAAGUUCCAUGAAAUUGGACGUUCAAUUGCAACACUCAUGUCAGAUGAGAUUUUCCAUGAUGUUGCAUACCAUGCACAUAACCGAGAAGAUCUGCUGGCUGGAAUAGAUGAAUUUUUAGACCAGGUGACUGUACUUCCCCCUGGAGAGUGGGAUCCAAGUAUACGAAUUGAGCCACCUAAAAGCGUACCAUCUCAGGAAGGCCGAAAACUGCCAUCUUCAACUCCGCCACAACCCAAUGGCAAGCCAGCUAUAGAUGACGAGGCUGAAGACCACACUGAUCCAACACUUGUACGCACGGGAAGACUGUUUGGUGUACGAGAAGACAUCCAGCGAAAAUUACCCUGGUACUUAAGUGACUUCAAGGAUGCUUUGCAUAUUCAGUGUUUAGCCACUUUUAUUUUCCUCUACUUUGCCUGUCUCACACCAAUUAUCACCUUUGGAGGUCUACUUGGAGAUGCAACUGAUAAUAAUAUGGCUGCAUUGGAGAGCAUCAUGUCAGGGGCUAUCUGUGGUAUAAUAUACUCUCUCUUUGCUGGUCAACCCAUGACUAUUAUGGGCAGCACAGGGCCAGUGUUGGUGUUUGAAACAAUUCUUCACCAGUUCUGCAAAGCUCGGGAGUGGAACUACCUGGAGAUGCGAUUGUGGAUCGGUAUUUGGACAGGCGUUGCCUUAUUAGUGAUGGUUGCUUUUGAUCUGUCAGCACUGGUGCGGUUUAUCACGCGCUUCACUGAGGAGUCAUUUGCUGCCCUCAUUUCUUUGAUCUUCAUUGUGGAAGCCUUUCAGAAGCUGUUGCGCAUUUCUUCCGACUACCCGUUUAGACGACAUCCUGAGAUUCCACUUAACUACAACUGCUCCUGUGACCUCAUCAAUAUAACAUUGGGUGCGAAUAUUUCUGCCUCUGACAUUACUGAACAGAACUGCGCAGACUUUAAUGGGACUCUUAUAGGCGGUGGAUGCGAUACACCAAAAUAUUUUGCGGACAUUUUCUUUUUCUCUGUCCUUCUCUUCAUUGGAACAUUCACACUCGCCUAUUCGCUGAAGUUAUUCAGAAACGCUUCAUUCUUCCCAACAAUCGUUCGAUCUACUGUGAAUGACUUUGCAGUACUAAUUGCUAUUUUGCUAAUGGUACUGAUAGACUUCUUGGUGGGCGUUCCUACUCCCAAGCUGCAUGUACCAGAUGAUUUUGCACCAACCAAUCCUAGCCGGGUAUGGUUUAUCAGCCCUGUGGGUCAUAAUCCUUGGUGGACAACCAUUGCUGCAAUUAUUCCUGCAUGCCUAGCUACCAUCCUGAUCUUCAUGGACCAGCAAAUUACAGCUGUCAUUGUAAACCGAAGAGAGAACAAGCUAAAGAAAGGAGGUGGUUAUCACUUGGAUCUCUUCAUUGUAGCGGUGCUAAUCAUCAUCUGCUCAUUUCUGGGUCUGCCCUGGUUUGUUGCGGCUACUGUUCUGUCCAUCAACCAUGUGAACAGCUUGAAGAAGGAGUCACAGUGUUCUGCACCUGGUGAACAGCCAAAGUUCCUUGGUGUCAGAGAGCAACGAGUGACUGGAAUGGCUAUUUUCCUCUUCAUUGGGAUGUCUGUUAUGCUGACCUCAGUUCUGAGAUUCAUCCCAAUGCCAGUGCUGUUUGGUGUCUUCCUGUACAUGGGUGUAUCCUCCCUUCGUGGAAUGCAGCUUGUGGAUCGCAUUUCCAUCUGGUUUAUGCCUGCCAAAUACCAACCAGACUACUUGUACCUGCGACAUGUACGGACCAAACGUGUCCACCUCUUCACUAUCAUUCAGGUUCUCUGUCUUGUUGUGCUCUGGGUUAUCAAGACAGUCAAGUCCAUCUCCAUUGCCUUCCCUCUCAUGGUGCUUGCAAUGUGCUUUGUGAGAAAAGGCAUGGACAAGAUCUUUGACCAGCGUGAACUAAAAUGGUUGGAUGACAUCAUGCCUGAAGCUCACAAGCGUGCCAAGGAAGAUGAACAGAUCAAGCAGGAGGAGCAAAGACGCAGCCUAAUAGAGGGCAGCACCAGCAUCCCCUUAGCUGUCGGGCUUAACAUGGAGCACAUUACCAUUACUGCCGACAUUGACAAGGUUAACAUCUCAGAAGAGGUAUCCCGAACAGCACUGUGGAAAAGCAUUGUACACAAUGAGUCUUCUUCAAAUCUCAAUUCCAACAAUGAGGAAAACAGAUCAAGCACCAAACGCAGAAAACCCAAGAAACACAACAGUAAGAAAUCUCGGGAAGCACUAGGAGAGCAGGGUCGGGCUAGUCCAGCUAUCCAGGAGGUAGAUGAGACAGUUGAGGCCAGUAGCCCCAGCAAGAAGAAAACGCCUGUCAAGUUUUACAUCGAUGAACAUGAAGAUGAUGGAGAGAAAGAAAAUCUUAUCAAGGCUCCUGAGAUUGUCAUUGACCCACCCAGUGACAUCCAACUUAAUUCUCCAGAACAAGACUCGAGAGUAUAAACUACAACAUGCAAAGCUUUGUGUGUCUUGUCCUGGCAUGGGAGGUGUGGAAAAUUGCUCUGCAAGUCAGUUUUGGUUCUUGUGUACCAGCUUAAAAGUCUGUCAGACAAUUUUCAACCUCCCUUGUUUCCCGGACAUCACAUCAUGGAGUCUCCUUGUGGUACUAGAACUUCCUUCUGUUGCAUAGUGUCUGUGGACGCAACUUGUAAGUCAUCUAAAAGAAAGUAUAUCCCAAAGAAAGUAGAUGAUGAUGCAUAUAUUUAAUGCUUACAAUCUACAAAAUGCUGCACAAAAGAUUUGGAAGAAAUUUUAACUUAUUAUCACUGCGAUAAAAGCAGAUUAUCAGGAUAAAACAUUUUAAGCUGUUUCAUUCUAGUUGAUUUUAUUAUUUUGUUAAAGAAAGAAUUUAUUAAGGGAUGUUUCAAAGUCUCUGGUGAUAAAUAUCUACCAUAGUUUCAAUGUAUUUGUUCUGUGCAUUAUGAAGUACCAUAUAGUUGGAGAGCAGGACUAAUGUAAUCAAAGGUUAGCAUGAACGGCAGCGUGGUAGCCACUUGAUGAUUGUUAUCAUUAUUUAACAAUCAGAUGCCUUUCAACGAAAAAAAAAAAAGACUUGAGAGAAACAGCCACUGCUGUAUGUGAACUGUUAAAUUUAAUGAUUCUAGCACACCUGUGGAUUUUUACCUCUUUUAUGCUGCUUUCAGAACACAUGCAAAUCUUGUCAUAGCUGAUAGAUUUUUCUACUGGAAUUAUCAACAUUAUUAGAAAGUAGUUUUCUGUAUCAUCACUUAGAGACGUAAUAUCAACACAUAAAGCAACAUCAAGUCUUAUCUGUAAACAGUGUUGUAGUUUUUCUGGGUUUACAGAGAAGGUGGCCAGCUUGAAGGCAUAAAGAGCUGGAUUUAUCUUCCUGUUUUAUUUAUUGUUAGUACAAUUCUAAUCAUGAGGAGAUAAGUGGAAAUUUUAUUUCAGAAAAUUGCCUUGUAUUUCAUUGAGGUCAUGCCUUAGAAUUGUGUUUCCUGACAUUUGCUGUUGAAUCAAUGUUGAUAUAUUCAGUUCAACAUGUCAGUGUGUUCCCACUUAUUAGACUGAUACUGAUGGUGUGAUAUAAAUGAUGAGCAAUGCUUCUGUCCAUUAUGUUUUAUUCCUUAUUUUGAAGAAAAAGGUAAAAAAAAAAAUUAAUUUUUUUUAUAAAAAUAACCAUGUCCUCACAAAGCAGAUAUUUUUGUGCUUCAUUCAAACAGCUUUACCAUUUUCCACUAGGUUUUAGAAUUUUCAGUCAUCAAGUGAUUCUGAUGAAUUCUACAUUUAUUUCUCAUUGCUGACUGGCAACUUAAAGUAGAUUUUGUUUCUUUUAAAUUAUUUUAGCUGCUUUUAUAGAUCGUAAAAUGUUGCAUAAUUAUCAACCUAUCUUGUAUGUAUGCUGUUAGAGGUGGUUGGUUAGGUGUUGCGUCACUUUUAUAAUGUGUUAGGCAUCAGUAUCAGUUGCAUGUCUUGAAAAGAUUACUGAUUUUGUGGGACAGCCAAAACAUUCUAUAGCAAAUAUUGUGCAUCAUAGACCUGUUUAAUGCAAAAUUAGUGUAAGCAUGCAUGCAGAAAACAAAUGACUGCGUUCCUGACACUUUGCAUUUGCAGCUAUUUAAUACUUGGCCCUUACAUUCUAUGGCCUGCUUGAUGAGUUCAUUUCCUUUUUGUGGUUAAAAUACCUUGUAGAAAAUAUGGAUCAAAAAUUUGUCAUGAUGAUACUUUUUUUGGGGGCCGGGUGUAAAUCUGACUUAUCAAAUGUUAAGAGCAUUGGUGUAUUUACAUCAAGUGUUUGAAAUUUGUUAUCUCCAGUGCAGGUUUAAUUAUAUUUUGUGAUCAAAGUCUGCUGUCUGAUUUCAAAUAUAAUGUAACGUGCAUUUUUUUUCUUUUUGAAUAAGAAUGAUCUGCAAAAAUCAACAGCAAUUUUUUUUAAAGAAUAGAAAAAUCAUUUAUAAUUUCCUUUAUAAGUAUUUAAUAUUGCCAUGGUUAUUUUUUAACCAUCCGAGUUUUAAUUGUUUGGAUAGAUUUUAAGUUUAUUUAGCAAUUUUACAGAAGUUUGUGAUAUUUCUGGAAAUUCCAUAACUAUUCCUUGCAUAUAAGUGUGCUGUUUGUAGUGAUGUUUUGAGUAGUAUAUGCUCAGUGCUUGCUUUGCAGCUCCAGAGAUCAACAUGAUAAUCCAUAAUAGUCAUUGCAAGAUAUUUGCCACAGAUUUAUGUGCUUGUGAUUAGCUGAAUUGUGUACAGAAAUGUGAGUUUGAAAUCCAAUAAUUUAAGAGAUGUUAAAACUUUAGAUCCAGCUAUUCAUUUUGGGCAGAGCAGCAUUUCCAAUAGCCUCAGGAAGCUUAGUACUUGCUACACAAACAAAACUAAUUGUAACUGAAUGGGGUACAGUUGAUAUAUUCAUUUGGUAGACUAAAGAAGACAUUGAAAAUUAACCACUGAAUGCUGAGUAACUUUUUGAGUGACUUCAUUUAUCUUGGCCAAAUGUUCAGGGUUGUUGUCUCUAUCUUAUCUAUUUAACAUUCUCUUUCAGCAUCAGCAUAGCAUUUAGCUUGUGCUUUUUGCACCGUUUAUGGCUACCAUAAAGUGUAGGCAAUCAUUAUGUGUCUAAGCUCAUAUUAUUAAUGCACUCAAAAGAUAAUGAUAUAUUGUUCCUUUACAUAUUUGAUAUUUAACCAUAGAAAAUUACCUCUUUUGCAGUCUUCGUUAUUGUCUUAUUAUCUUUACCUCUGUCUUGCUAAUCAUGGUGCUUAGGUUGUCAACAGAAAAGAAAGAGAAGAAUGGAAAUCCAAAUAUAUGAAAUUAAGAUGUUGCUAUCUUCAGAUCAGUUUAGGAAAGAUUAAUAUGUACCCUCACAUUUUCUUUCCCUUGUUGACACAGAUUUUUGCUGCCUGUUACCUAUAGAAAAGAUAUCAGGUCAACAUGAGCUGUGGAUCAGUUUUCAUUUCUAAAUUUUAAUAAACCAAUCUAAUGCAAACACAGCAGUAUGCCAAACUGAUAGUUUGGUGAAGAUUUGUUGCUUGCAGUGUGUGCAUUUUUGCCAUAGUGAUGUCAUCAUUUGUUUUUGUUAAGGAGUUCUAUAAUGCAAAUCUGUGUUAAUCUGAAUGGUAGAUUUUUUUGUGCUGUAACGUAAGACAUUAUUGUGCUCACAUAAAUGUUCUUAUUAACUUAUAGCAUUCUUGGCUUUUCCAAGAAUAUCAUGGAUGCUUGUAAGAGAGUGUAUGGAGAAAGAUGAUCUUAGCUGCUUGAUACGGAUUGUUAGCAUGAUGAGAGGAUGCCUUAGCUUGAAGAAGGCUGGGGACGGAGUAGAGUGGUUUGGUCAGCAUAAGCUAACAUUUUGAAGAGGCAGUGUGAUACUUUGUUAAAGUCUUUUGAUUUCCAAGAAAAGCUUAUGGUUUGUUUCAUUAAUGACUGGUUUAUAAACUUUGAAAUUCAGUCAUGUUGAAGAUACAGGUGAAGAUCCAAUGCCUAUCCUGUCUCAUUUCAAAAGCUUCUGGUUUGCUUUUGCAAGAAAACAGUUUUCUCUUAUGUGCAUAAUCAUGAUUACAUGAUCUGUUGUUGGAGAUCUUCAGAGCAUCACCCAGGCAUUUAAAUGCUGUGUAUUAUUCUUAUGAACAGUAAUGUGAUAUAUGUUGUAUUGACAAUUUUUUCACAGCAGCAAAAUAUGUUGCUUCACCACAGCAUGUCCAUAAGUAAAAGAUAUAUUCAUCCCAUUCCUUUCAAAAAAGCUUAUCUCCAGUCUUCAUGAUAUGGAGUUGGGAGGAGGAAGUGGGUACCCUAAUUUUCUUUCUUACAUUUGAUGUCAUGAGGUCAGCCCUCCCAAUCCAUAGGUAGCUAACCCUUGCUAAUGAGCAUAAAGCAUGAUACACAGCUUGCUAAGAUGGCAGAAAGCCGCCUUCAUUUACCAGUUUUAUCUUAUGCAUGUAACUGAGGGUUUUUAUUUUACCUUCUUUUCAUUUCUUAUUACACUGUCCCAGUAUCAGAUUUGGUUACCUGUACAAUUUUGGCAAUUACAGAGUUAUUAGUAUUUCAAUAUGCUGUUAAAGCACAAAAUAUGUUUUGGAGAGUUUCAAAAAUGCAUUUUCAAUAUUGUGUUUCUUCAUUUGGCAGUCAUUUAGUCUUGGUACUUCAGUGGGGAGUAAAAAAUGUGCCAUGCUGUUACUUCAAACUAUGUUUGGGUCAUUGUGCAAUAGGCUGGAUUGCAUGCAGUCAUGCAGAGAGAUGCACAAAGUGUCCUAUGUUUCUUGCAAUAAGAUAGUAAGUAACAAAAAUUUUUAAAUCUAAAUGUAUAAUUUUUUCACUGAAAAUUAAGAUUUGCCUUGACCUGAGGUGCAGCUCUCUGAGCCUCAUGGCCUCUAGGUCACCAUUCCAGACAGUUGACCAUUGUAGAAUGUGUGCCAGAAGGAUCUACCUCUAACGCAGGGAAAAUGAAACAGCUUAUCUAGCCAUUAGUCACUAUUCGCUUUUUUAAAUCACCUAGAAAAAUUUGUCAGACUGGGACAGAGUAAGUCAGUCUUUGUUGUGUAGAGCUGAAAACCAGGAGACUAAAAACUGCUCAGUUGCCCAUGCAGAGUAAAAUCCUACUUGGUCAUUAGAAAUCUUUUCAGUUUUUACUUGAGAUUUGUUGACAGGAUUGCAAUGUAUUUCUACAAUACUGGAAUCUGGAAGCCACAGCAUCUGUGAUGUAGGUGACUAAGUAAUCUAGUCCAUGUACUGUUUUCUUUCCCCACUACAAAAAACCAAAUGUAUUAUUUAUUCAAGCAAGCAUACUUUAUACAUUUUCUCCAUUGGCCUUCUUCCAAUGGGGAAGUGGAUAUUGAGUGGUUAGUGCACUGGUGUUAGAACUCAAAGGCGUACUGGUUUAAUGCCUAUGUGACACAGCAAACUGCCCCCAGUUGACUGAGCUGUCAGAAAUGGGUAUUUGACUCCAUAGAGGGUUGGAGAAGGUGAGGGAGAGGAAAUGGGUACCACCCUCACAAAAAGCUGGCCUCAAGAAAAGAGAAGUUUCUAACACCUUACCAAUGACAUAUGAGUGGUUAGGGAUGACAUUCACCUUUACCUCUUCCACACGUAAACCUCUCCGAUUUACAAAGCUGGUAUAACUGUAUAUAUAAAUGUGUUCUUUUUUAUGUUAUUAUUACUAUUUAUUGCAUUUCCAAUAUCGUGUAUUUGGCAUAUCUGAUUUUUGUUUGUGCUCAGGCUGAAAUGGAAUGGGAGACAAUUUUAAAUAUGCAAAAAUGGGGGUAUUUUGGUAUGUAAUCUGAAAUUUCACAUGCAGUGUUCUAGCUCAAAAGCAACAAAUAUUAAGAAGGCUGCAGUACCAUGGCUAAUAUAUCUAGUCCAGAAGUGGAAUAUUUUGUCAUCAUUAAGUAUUUACUGACUACAUGUAUUUUGAAGAUGUAAGCACAAUAACUUGAUAUGUAAUAGUCAUAUGAACUAAAAUAUACAAAUAUGCGUGAUUUUUGAAAUGUUUUUACUUCUAUUAUGUGUACUUUCAAGUGUGUUUUUGCUUGUUGGGGUAAAAUUUCAGUGCAGUAUUUUGGGGGCUUUUGUUCCUUAUUGUUUUGACAUUGUGAUCCAAAUGAAAAACUUCUCACAAGAAUAUGGCACUGCCUUGGUAGAUGAUACUAAGUAAGCACUGACGAGAUCUGAACAUAAAGUCAGCAGAAGAUAUGUAGUCUUGUCCAUGUAGUCCAGUUGCGGGCUUAAAUUCAUGUAUUCUGUGAUUGUGUUCACCUUAAGUUUUAAACAUCCAGGCAUACACUUAUUUUCACUUGUGUUAUCAAAUUAAAGAUGUUUGCACUUUUGAGUUACUUACACUAUGAAGAUGUUCCUUCACUUGAGGAUCUGUCAGAAACAUGUGCACUGUAUUUGACAUAGUCACUGUUAUAAGUGUGACUGGACAUGGUCUCUUGGUAGUCGAUUUAUGUAGUGAAGAGUUGAGAAGGUAGAUUCAGUUACUUGUUUGUUCAAAAUUGAAAACAAUAUAAAAUAGAUUGUCAUUUACUUUAGUAUUGUGAUUUAACAUUGUUUUAUGUUUUUCUUUUGUCAUUAAUAUAUGUAUAUAUCAGUUUUUCUUUAUUCCCUCCUUGCUGUUUCUGUGCGUUACAAUGAUUACUUUAGGUUGUUAGGGAGGUAAUUGUUAUAAGCCGCUGUUGGAUCAGUGCUCUAGGCAGUGUAAUUUGUUUCAUUCUUUGUGGUGCUGUUGACAGUUCCUAUUUUUGCCACAUUCUUGUACUGGAAGCCAGUUCUGGUUUCCUUUUUGUAAUGGCAUUAAUUUACAUGCGUAAUGUUGCAGAAGAAAUGUCGCAGUUGAUGAAAGUGGUCGACGGCUAGAUGGUUAAUGUCCCUACCAAGUACAGAAAUGAAUGUGGUAAGUAUAUACCAAAGCAUUCACAUGCUGCAGAGCUCCGCUCUCGACAACUUCCUAUUUCCCAUCCCCUCAACUCCUCAGGUUCCGAGAAGGCUGGCAUCACUGACUGGUGUGUCAACAAAAUGUGAUUUCAUCCUCAGAACUGUGUUGCCCUCACACACCAGUAGAUGAAACCAACAAACAUUGUAUGCUGUGUAUGAUAAAAGCAUUACACAUGUUCAGUACCAGUUUUAUUUGUUGGGAAUGAAUGGCUAGAUUCAAUAAAAUAUAUCUUUUA